AUGCAGAUCACGGCGUUGUUGGUGUUAAAAUGCAGCCCGGAGGGUUCGGAUCCGGUGAUAUUGGCCAACGCAUCGGAUGUAACCCGGUUCGGCUUCUUCCAGCGGCCCAGCGUCAAAGAGUUCAUUGUCUUUGUGGCCCGGACCGUCGCUAAGCGGACCCCACCCGGCGAACGCCAGUCGGUGCAGCACGAAGAGUACAAGGUACAUGCGUACAACCAAAAUGGCUUAUGUGUAUUGGGUUUAAUGGAUGACCAUUACCCAGUUCGAAGUGCAUUUUCAUUGCUCAACCAGGUUCUGGAUGAAUACCAAAAGAAUUUCGGCAAUUCCUGGAAAACUGUGCAAGCUGAUAAGACUGAAGCAUGGCCCUAUUUAAAUGAUGCUCUAGCUAAAUUUCAGGAUCCUGCUGAGGCUGAUAAGCUGUUAAAAAUUCAGAGGGAGCUGGAUGAAACCAAAAUUAUUCUUCAUAAAACGAUCGACAGUGUCCUGGCUCGAGGUGAGAAGCUAGAUAGCUUGGUCGAUAAGAGUUCAGAUCUUAGUGCUGCUUCUCAGAUGUUCUACAAACAAGCAAAGAAAACCAAUCAAUGUUGUACCAUUUUGUAA